GCGCACUUUGAAAGAGUGUGUUUUGAUUGCAGAAUAUUGGGAGAAUCUAAAGCAAGAUGACAAAGACAGCGCCAAAGGGGCGCAAGAAGCCGGCAACCCGCUAUUUUGAGAGGGCAGCAGCAGUUAAAACCGAAGAUGGCGAGGAGAAACCAUCGAAACCAAAACGCAGACAUCAAAGAAAUUUUACAGGUGACUUUCUCAAAAUUCAGUCGCAAGAGAAAAGAAAAGCACUAAAGCGUAAGCGCCUUGAAGCAACUGAGAAGCCCAAGAAGCAAAAAAUACCUCAGGAAGUCCUGGAAAAAUAUUCACGUGGCGAAGCCGUCGACUCCACUGGUGUCAGGACGCGGCACUUCAAGGAGAAGCAUAAGCGCAAGGAGAUCUACGUGGAAUAUGCCACAGAGCAGGCAGCACGUACAGAACUUUUGCUACAGGAGACACCUGGACAGUUGGAGGCUGAUGAGGAGGAGACCACAGCGGAAUAUCGUCAAGCGGAGAUAGUGGCCAAUGUGGAUCUGCAGUCGGCAGCGAAGCAUUUCUCCCUCAAGCUUGACUUCGGGCCCUACACGAUGCGCUACACAAAGAACGGGCGGCAUUUGCUGCUGGGCGGGCGACGCGGCCAUGUGGCUGCCUUUGACUGGGUAACCAAGAAGCUGCACUGUGAAUUCAAUGUGAUGGAGACCGUGGCCGAUGUGCAGUGGCUCCACGUGCCCACCAUGUAUGCGGUGGCUCAGAAAGAGUGGGUAUACUUCUACGACAAGAAAGGCACCGAGCUGCACUGCGUCAAGCGACUGGCGCGUGUGAACCGAAUGGACUUUUUGCCCUAUCACUUCCUACUAGCGGCCGGCAACAGUGCUGGCUAUGCAUCCUGGCUGGACGUUUCGAUUGGUGAGCUGGUGGGCAACUUCAAUACGGGCCUGGGCGACAUACGGCAUAUGCGACACAAUCCGGGCAACGGCGUCCUGUGCAUUGGUGGCGGCAAGGGCGUCGUGUCCAUGUGGUCUCCCAAGGUGCGUGAACCGCUUGCAAAAUUGCUCUGCCAUCCCACAGCAAUAACAGCGCUAACAGUCGACCCAAAGGGCAUGCACCUCGUCACCGCCGGCCUGGACCGACUGGUCAAGGUGUGGGACCUGAGGCAGCUGAGCGACAAGCCGCUGGCCAUCUUCAACCUCCGUCUGCCGGCCAACGAGCUGGAGGUAUCGCAGCGCGGCAUGUUGGCGCUCUCGCAGGGCACCUACCUGGAGACCUACACGGAUGUGCUCCUAGGCGGCGGCACUGGCCGCAAGAACAUGCUGCCCUACUUGCGCCAGCGCUGCGACGCCUUCGUGCAUACGAUGCGCUUCUGUCCGUACGAAGACGUACUAGGCGUGGCCACGGCUAGUGGCUUCCAGUCACUGCUGGUGCCUGGCUGCGGCGAGCCCAACUACGAUGCGCUCGAGGACAAUCCAUUCGAAACGAGCAAGCAGCGGCGUGAGCACGAGGUGCACGCGCUACUAGAGAAGAUACCGCCAGAGCUUAUUACACUGGAUCCACACGAGAUAACCGGAGUGGAUGCGCCCACUCUGCAGGAGAAAAUCGAUGCCAAGCGGCAGCUCUUCUACCUGAAGCCGCCGCGCAUCAACAUAAAUCCGCGCCACAAGAUGAAGGGGCGUGGCGGCAGCGCUAAGGCGGCACGCAAUAAGCAAAUAGUCAAGGAUCAACAGCGCAAGGAGUUCAUUGCCGAGGUGAGAAAGGCCAAAAAGGACGUAAUUGCCAGCCAUGCUGAGGGCGGCGAGGCGACGACGGGCGAAAAGGUCAAGAAGCUAAAGGCCGUGCGCUCCGUUUUGGAUCGCUUUAAGCCCAAGCCUCAAAAGAAACAGAAGUCCACAAACUGAAUAUACUAAUCAUUAGU